AAUUGGAUUUUGACAGAGCAAAUUUUUCAUCCAAGAAGCCCUAAUACAAAUUUCAAACGUCCGUCCUCUCUCAGUUACCUUAACAACAGUCACUAGUGUCAAAGGUUCAGGUUAUGAUAAAGUACCCAAGCAAUAGAAUGGUGGGGCUAAAUCCGAGCAAUCCGAUGGGAAGCCCAGCUCUGAAGAAGAAGGAUUACAACCCCUACAACCACACUGAUGCUUGCAGGCAUACUCGAUGGACUGCCAAGGAAUGUUAUCAGUUCAUGUCUGCAAGGCCAUGGCAAAAAGUUAAUGAUUUUUACUCAUACAUGGUGAAAGGUUGCAUCUCACUGUCAGAAUUGUUUGGGAAGGAGACGAUUACGAUGUCAUUGAAACAAGAGUUGUUGGUGGUUUUUGGGUGCAUCACGCCUAAGCUUGAGGAGUUGGACCAAUCUUUGGUGGACAAUGAGAGGGCGGCCCUAGGUAGUGCAACAUUGAGCUAGUGCAAAUUCUACAAGUCAGAUUCAUACAAAAGAUAUGUUUGCUCUUAAUCCUAAACAAUGAAUUGGACAUGGAGGAAAACAGUUGCUGGGAGUUGACUUUGAAUUUAUUGGAGUUCCAAGAUGGAAAAAAUGUUGAAGAUUUGAGUGCCAAUUGUAAUGACAAAAGCUCAUGCUCGAGCUUGUGUCCAUCUUGUUACGCACGACUUUCUAUCACGUCCUCUAGGAUUUGAAUUCAAAUUUCUGAUUUAUGAGAUACUCAAGUUGAAUUUUCAUAUGUUAAUGCCCCAAAUUUCAAAUA